UGUUCAUAGUGUCGACAUAUACACGGUCAGUCGUUUUAGAGCGCCCGAUUCAAACUUUUCAUCUUAACUGUUCUGUUAAAAAAAUAAUCUUUUCCAUGAACUGUUGGGCUAAGUAGACAUUUUUCUCAAAACUUAUUUCCUAGAUUUUUCAUGGUUCUAACAAAUUGUUGACAUGCUUACAAAUUAAAUUCAACCUACAACUUGUUUGAUUUUCGUUUUUUAUAGAUAGAGUAAAUUCCCUAAAUAUGGACUAGGCACAUAAUAUGGACUACUGUAAUAAUUCGAAAGAUGGCGCUAUAAUCGCGGCAACAUAGCUAGUAUUCGAUGCUCCUGCCCCGCGCCACCCCGCCAUUCGAAAACAGCGAAGCUACCAGUGCGCGUGUGUCAGUGGCAGCCAUUUUGUGAUUUUAGCAUCAUUCGAUGUAAUUUUUCGAAAUGGCAUCGACAGAAAAAAAAGGCAAAAGGAAAAAUUGGGAUAAAGAUGCGAUGACUAUGGCAUUGUUAGCAAUUCACGAGAAAAGAAUGGGGUAUUUAAAGGCAUCAAAAAUCUUCGGUGUGCCAAAAACGACGCUUAUACGAUUAUCAAAAAAUGAAUCUAAGCCUUUACAUGAAGUAACAAAUAUGAAACUUGGGAGAAAAGCGACACUUCCUGACGAAUUAGAGUCUGAUCUAGCAGAUUAUGUAUUGCAGAUGGAGGAAUCUGGGUUUGGUUUAACUCGGCGUGAUAUUAAAUCACUAGCCUACCAAUUAGCCGAAAAGAAUAACCUGGCGCAUAAUUUUUCUAAGGAAAAGCAGUCAGCAGGUAAAACAUGGCUACGUUUGUUUUUGAAACGCCACCAAAACCUGUCCUUCCGACAACCCACAGGCACAUCUAUUGCGAGACUAAAGGGAUUUAGUAAAGAAAACGUUUACAAAUUUUAUGAUUUAUUGGAAGAAGGCAUGGAUAAGCACCAUUAUUCUGCAAACAACAUUUACAACGUAGAUGAAACGGGCAUAUCAGUCGUACCCGCGAAAAUGCCGGAAAUAUUAGCCAAGAAAGGCAAAAGACAAAUAGCGGCUACAACAUCAGCUGAAAGGGGUUCAACAGUUACUUGUGUCAUGUGUAUGAGUGCAAGUGGUUCAUUUGUCCCUCCAAUGAUGAUCUUUCCUCGGAAAAGAGACAAUCCCCUUUUAAUGAAAGGAGCGCCACCUGGAGCAAUCCACGCAUGCCAUCCUUCAGGUUGGAUUCAGACAGAUCUUUUUACGAAAUGGUUUAAGCACUUUUUAAAUUACGCAAAGCCUUCUGUUGAUUCUCCUGUCCUUCUGAUAUUAGAUGGUCAUGCUAGUCACACACGUAAUAUUGAACUCAUUGAUUUGGCACGUGCCAACCAUGUUCAGCUUUUAUCGUUACCCCGUUACCGUUAUCGUUACACACGAGUCAUAAAAUGCAACCACUAGAUCGCACAUUCAUGGGUCCUCUAAAAAAAUAUUUUAUCGAAGAAACUCGCCAGUGGGUUCGUAACAACGCAAAAGCUGCUACUCACUUUGAAAUAGCUGAGUUAUUUGGCCGUGCCUAUAUAAAGUCACAACGUGCUGAGCUUGCUAUUAAUGGUUUUCGUGUAACCGGAAUUUGCCCAGUGGAUAGAACGGUUUUCCAAGAUCAUGAUUAUAUUGACCAUACGUUAAUUGCUAAUUCUGACAUGCAACAACAAACACAGGACACUGUUCAGUCGUCAUCAGUGCUACAUAAUAAUGAUGAAGAUGAAGAUCACGAUUCAGAUCGCACUUAUGUAGAUGAAUCUGACUCCUUAGUGGAUUUAUCUAAUUUCAGAAUGGAUAAUACUAUUGAUGAAGGUCGAGAAUCAUUAAUAAAUGAAUCAGUACCAAUUGUAGUUAACCAAGUACAGACUUUAAAGAGUUUAGCACUAGAAGCAGUUUUGCAGUUUAGUGAACAGCUGAUGUCCAAUAAAUCCCCAAAACAACUAAACAGUGGCACUGUUGUUAUUCAAGAGAUCCAUUCACCUAAAACAAUUGAUUCCAUGAACUUACCUGCUCCCUCCACAUCUGCGUCUUAUUUAUCGCCCAAGCAAUUGUUUCCUGUACCACGUUUAAAUACUAAAACUAGUAGUAGAGGAAGAAAAGCUACUAAAUCCACCUUCUUAACUUCAUCACCAUAUAAACUUGAUUUGAGCACAUCUAUUAGAAAAAAACAGGAAGCAGAAUCGUUGAAGAAGAAGAGAAAUUUUACAGAAGAGUUGGGAAAUACAAAGAAAAAACUAGGCACUAAGAAAACAUCUGCACCUAAAAGAAAAUUAGAAGGGAGAAAAAAUAAAAACGACAGAGAGAAGAAAUCUAAAUUAAAGAAAAAGAUAGAACUUAAAAAACAACCAACAAAAUAUACAACUCAAAAGAAAAGGAAACUGACGAGAACAACAAUAACUUCUUCUAGUUCUGAUGCUAGCGAUUACUCUGUGAACGACGAAACCGACGAAAGUCCAGACAGAAGCCAAAGUAAUGCCAAAUGUCUAUAUUGUAAUGGUCUCUUUUCUGAAGACAUUCGUGGAGAACAGUGGAUACAAUGUCCUGCUUGUAGCCAAUGGGCUCAUGAUGAAUGUGCUGGUGUAGAGGGUGUAGAAUUUCUUUGCGAGUUUUGUUCGAGUAAAUAAUCUUACUCCUACCUACUUAGUCCAAACUAACUUUAAGUUCCUAUUUGAUUCUUAAGACAUUAUGUUAAAUAUUAAAGACAAUUUGUUAAUCAUUGGAUAGGUAAUAUUAUCUAGUUUCAGGUGAUACUAAUAAAUCAAUAACACCUAAGUGGUAACUUUUCUCAGAUACAGGCACAUAUGAUAUGGUCCAUAUUGAAUACCCUUGGUCCAUAUUAAAAUCGCUGUGGUCCAAAUUGAACACCCAUUUUUGAAAUGUUAAGUUUUGCAUAUCUUUAUAAAAAAUAAUAAUUGUUAAACAAGUUCGUUUCUUUAUAUGAUUUCAUUUAAGUUUAUGAUAACAAAUAAGUUUCUUGACUGAUUAAAAUUAAAAAGACUGAUUUAGCUACAACUCUUUGAGUUUUAUUUAAAGAAAACCUUAUGGUAGUCCAUAUUUAGGGAACUUACUCUAUACCCACUUAAAUUGAUUUUAUUAGACUUAAGUAGUCAAAUUAAAAGACUCCAUAAAUGAUCACUUCCCUUUUUAAUUGGCACGAAAAAUUAAGAAAAAAGGGCCCUUCAUCGUAAUAAUUCACUUGAUAAGUACAGUGCCAACUUUUUCUCAUUUUUUAAAAUGUGAAUUCCAUUUAACUGGUUUUGUUAUGUUAAUUUUAUUAUGUUAGAGUACAUUGGACGAAAAUAAGAGUAAGUAAGUAAGUAUUAUAAAUAUAUCCCGGAUCAUAGAGCAACACGGACCUCGUGUAAUUCAUAUUGAAAACGUUUGACAUUAUUUAAUACUCUAAUAGACAGCUGGGUCAGCGAAGCUUACAAAUUCGUAAUAAGAAAUUUCGUCCAAAUCCAUAAAGUUGGUUCUUAACACGGAAUAGAUCUAUUCCGUGGUCCUUAAAGUAGAUAAGAGCGAGGGAAAAUAAAUCAACGAACUUUAUUUAACCUUUCUUCUCAAUCGAAGUGUUUCUAUUAGAUAGUUAAUUUCCUUCCGCUCUCUACUCGUCUUUCAAUCACUCUAAUAUUGGCCCAAUUCAAACCUACUCUGCUAAUUUAAACUACACAAUGGAAUGUUUUCAGGGCGGAAACCGGAGUAGCAUGAUAAGUGGUUCACCAAGAUAAAUCUUGAAUACGACUAAC